AUGAAGGUCUUCACUGCUCUCACUUUCGGCGCCGGCCUCGUCUUUGCGGCCCCCCUCAUUUCCGAAAGACAAGCCGGUUCAGCCUGCUUCGUGAUCGGCAACCAGGCCCUACCAAAAGAGGUCGCCGACGUCGUCACGUCCAUCCAGCCGCGCAUCACAUGCGACACGUCGAGGAAGACCCUCUCCGGCGUGCCCGACGUCUCAUCCGGUGGCGUGUCCUUCUCGUCCGUCAACUUCGCCUCGUCCUCGCAGACGCCGCUGCAGUUCGCCCUCAGCAAGUUUGCGACGCCCACGCCCCUGAGGAGCGCCGACCUGGCCGCCUUCCAGAAACAGCUCGACGUGUAUCUGGCGACUGAGGCCGGCAUCCGCUCGGUCGGCGGGAGUCUGGCGAUCAAGGUGCCCAAGUUCUUCCUCCAGUUCCAGGUCUCGCGCAUCCAGACGGCCCAGGGCAACCCGCCCACCGCACCGGGUCUGCAGGUCGAUCAUCUGCUGCAAAAGGUGCUUAAGAAUGCGCCCCGGGAGAGUCAGGCGCUGAGGGACCAGGUUACGGCGCUUGCUAAGGUGCUGGCUUGA